GGAAGGGGGCGGGCGGGGAGGUGGAGGAGGAGGCGGUAGCAGCAGCGGCCGUGUUUAAUUUUUUAAUUAGGGCACUUUGAGCAUCUCCCGGCGGGGUCGCAUCGCCGGGCGGCGAGGGGAGCAAGGGCGAGCUGCCCCCCCGCCGCCCGGGACCACCCCGUGCCCGGAGCCGUCGGGACUCCAACCUGGGCUUUCGACAGCCGGCGAGGCGGCCCCGGAGCCGCGGGAGCUCCGCGCUCCGCCACCAUGGGCAGCGCGGGCGCGGAGGACACGGGCAAAGAAGCAAUAGAGGUGAAAACCCCACAGAGUCACCAGGAUGUGAUGCCCAAUGAUGAGCAGUAAUUACUGCAGCAACACUUCAGCCAGCAUGAGUGUCAACGAAAUGUCUGCCUUCCCUCUGACUCUAGAGCAAAAAACUGGCUUUGCCUUUGUGGGGAUUUUGUGUGUUUUCUUGGGACUUCUAAUUAUCCGAUGCUUCAAAAUCUUGCUAGACCCCUACAGUAGUAUGCCUUCUUCUACAUGGGAAGAUGAAGUUGAGGGGUUGGAUAAAGGAACAUUUGAAUAUGCUCUUGCAUGAAAACUCACAGAAUAUCCUGCCUUAAAUUUGAUGUUGAUUUCAUUUUGGAAACCAACUGUUGUUACAUUUGUUAUACAUACCCGCAUUUUGGAGAUAUGUUGGUGGCAUCCAUUUUGUUAAAUAAAUAUUUGUUGCAAACUCAAAA